AUUUAAAAAUUUUGGUAGUGAUUAAAAAGAAAUUUUGUAUAUAGAGAAAAAGUUGUAAAUUAAUAAAAGUAUAAUAUAUUUAGUAGGGAAGCAUUUACAUUAAAAUAAAUAUCAAUGUUUUUCAUAAGGAAUUUAUGUUUAAAAAGGUAAUCGAUAUAUUCAUACAUCGAUAGUUCCAUCGAGAAGGGAGGGAGCUCAAAAUUUAUUUUAGAUGUCAUAAUAAAUUCCAUUGACACCGAAAAUAUGUAAGAACGUGGCGUCAGAGCGAGAAAGCAUGACGCGCGCAUUUUAUACAUUUUGACUGGCGUUUGCAACCCGACGGCAAAUUUUCGAACUCGCUAAGAAGAAGAGCCAUCACAAAUGCGUAGGUGAGAAAGAGCCGAGAAAUGUAAUGCAAUGUAACGGUAACGGUAACGGCAACGGCAACGGUAGCGCAUUAUUGACUUUGCUAUUAACGUUAAACGCGGUUGCUAUGCUCUCUUGUCUCCUUUUUGAGCCCUGGAACUGUGGAACGACGACUUGGCCUCCGACUACACACUUAUUAUUUUUGUUUUGCCUUAACUUACUUUGGGCUCAUAAAUCAAAUAUUUACAUUCCGAAAUUGACGUCUUGAACGCGCGGUCGCAAUUUGCAACGUUUCUCCUGGGCUUCUUUUCUUCAUCGGUGUGAAUUAAACGGGCAGCUUUCACCUUAGCUCCCUCGAUUUCUGCGUGUUUCAGUGCAUGUGAGUGUGUUAGUGUGUGUGUGUGCUGCGAUUAACCCAAGAAAUACUUAGAAAACUGGCAAACAGACACCGAUUAUCGCCAGCAGCAAUUGCUUGGCUUGAUUAGUCUGGGAUUCAUUUGAAAGACGCUUCGCAAAAAGCUUUGAAGUUGCCACAACACUCAAAAUAUUAAACAAAUAUUAAGUCAAGACAUCAAAAACGGAUUUAAAUACUUAACUGCAAUUAAAAGGAGCAAACAUCAUAACAAUAUUUGUCUAACUUUGAAGAAUACGGAAUUCUAUUCUACAUUGUUGACGGAGUCCGCGUGGCAUGCAACCGUGUAGUCCAUCGGGUGUAAUUGCAAUGAUGCCGCCAUCGAAGAGUCCCAUCAUGGAAACCGCCGCCAGCGACAGCAAUCAAACCAACAGCACGGGCAGCAAUCAAGCUGACACCAAGCGCUCCUGCCCCCUGAAGUUCUCCAUUGCCAAGAUCAUGGAGCCGGACAACAAGCAAUCCUCGACGACAACAACGAUGCAUACGCAACUCCAGCAGCAGCAGCAGCCACAGCAAUUGCAUAUGGAACCAGAGGAUGAGCAGCCAAGUGGCGUGGAGCAUUAUGCGGACUCCGAGCGCUCCUGCAGCCCCAUUGAGGUGACUGGCGAUGAUGAGGAGCCAGCUGCUGUUAACUACGAUUCGGCAUUCAAGAAAUACGUGCCCGGCUCCAGCUUGAUUAGCGCCGCCUCCUCUGCUGCCCCCGCCUCCGUUGCUGCCUCCGCUUCCGCCUCCGCGGUGCAGCAGUUUGUGAACACACGCCACCAGGAGUUGCUCUCGCAGUAUCCGCUGCUCUACUAUGCGCCCAAUCAGCUGAUGUGUGCCGCUGCUGCCGCACAAUAUGCCGCACUCACAGCCCAGCAGCAGACGCUGGCAAGUGCUGCACAUUUGAGCAGCUUCACCGCCUCGUUAAAUGCCACGUUGCAUCACUCGCAAUCGUUGCGCCGCAACUUGGGGCAUCCACUGGCCGCUGCUGCUGCCGCCGCCGCUGUUGCACAGUCCCAGCAGCAACAGCAUCCAACUCCAGCGCUGCAACAGAGUCUGGAGAAGUCGCCAGCGCGCUCUGUGCAAGCUCAAGCUGCCGCUCAGCAGGCGAAUCUCAAGCGCAAGCGUUCGCCACAAACGGAGCUACGCACUCCACCGUUGCCAGUGUUGCCACUGCCCUCCUCCUCCGUCUCCUCCACACAUCCACGUUCCCGCUCGCGCUCCCCGUCACCACAUGGCUCGCUGGAUGACAGCAGUCCUGGUUCAGCGAAUGGCGGCAAACCGAAGACAUUCUCGUGCCUGGAGUGCGGCAAGGUUUUCAAUGCGCACUACAAUCUCACUAGGCACAUGCCCGUGCACACUGGCGCCCGGCCGUUUGUGUGCAAGGUGUGCGGCAAGGGUUUCCGCCAGGCAUCGACGCUCUGCCGGCACAAGAUCAUCCACACGUCGGAGAAGCCGCACAAAUGCCAGACGUGUGGCAAGGCGUUCAAUCGCAGCUCAACGCUCAAUACGCACGCCCGGAUUCAUGCCGGUUACAAGCCGUUUGUGUGUGAAUAUUGUGGCAAGGGGUUCCAUCAGAAGGGCAACUACAAGAAUCACAAGCUGACGCACAGCGGCGAGAAGGCCUACAAGUGCAACAUCUGCAACAAGGCCUUCCAUCAGAUCUACAAUCUCACCUUCCACAUGCACACGCACAACGACAAAAAGCCGUACACUUGUCGCGUGUGCGCCAAGGGCUUCUGUCGCAACUUUGAUCUGAAGAAGCACAUGCGCAAGCUGCACGAGAUUGGGGGCGAUGGUCUCGACGAUGAUCUGCCGCCGGCCUACGAACGACGCCGGGAGUACACCAGACGCGAACCACUCUCCAGCUUCAGUCAGGCGAGUCAAUUGACGCCGGACAGCUCCUCGGGUAGCAUGUCGCCGCCAAUCAAUGUGACAACUCCGCCACUGUCGAGUGGCGAGACCAGCAAUCCAGCCUGGUCACGUACGCCGUAUCAGGAGUCGGCUACUACAGCGCCCUCUGGGCAUUUCCAUCAUCAUCUGCAGGUGCCGCCGGCGGCACUGCAUGGCGACUAUCCGGGCAGCUCUCCAUUCCUGCAGCUGCCACAUCCUGCCCAGCAUCAUCAGCAGCCACCGCAUUCGGUUCAGCAACAGCAACAGCAGCAACGCCUCUCGGCUGCAGCGUUGGAGAAUGUGCCAUUCAUUGCGAAAGUGUUUUGACAGCGAUACUAUGCCGACAACAUGGCCAGCUGCACUGUAGCAUCCUCGACCGCAGGAGGAGCCAGUGGCAUGCACCGAGCCAAAGUGGAGGAGACCGCAGCAACUGCUAGCAAGGGCAACAAUGAACUAUUGCUCGAUUGACUGCAGCUUGUCUCGGCUGUGGCAGCAGUCAACAACAAUACAACCACAAUUCAAGAGGUGUCUGCUGCACGCCAAGAAGAGGAGGAGGAGGAGCUGGCCAGCGAUGACGACGCUGCAUCGCCGGAAUUCAGCUCCAAAACUUUGGGCAGCGCUGUGCGUGCCCUGAAUGGACUCUUCUAGAGUGACCCCAGAGCUCACAACCAACCACAACCCACCAAAUGGUUUCAAUUUAACCUGUGCAAUAUUACGAAUUAUCUACAGAUGCAACUACGGUUACAGCUAUAGAUAUAGUUACAUCUUAAAGUCCCCACAGAAUUUGUAAAAUGUGUAAAUAGUUAAUAAUGUAUUUAAAAGCGUUUCAUGUGUAUUUCAUUAUAAUCGCAUAUGUGUGUAUGUACAUUUCAGCUAGAUAGUACCUAAAUUUAGUCAGUUAUUUGUUUCUGCAUUUACGAAUUGAAAUCACUUGCAGAUUUGAUGAAUUUACAGCAAAUUACCACUUACGAUCAAUACUUAUUUAUAUAUGGAUAAGUACAUAUAUGUAUAUGUGUGUGAGCUAGUUA